AUGGCAAGGACCAAGGACAGGACAGAGGAUUUCAAGGAUGCCAUUCAUUCUGUCGCGCUCUCUCUGGGAUUUUCGGAGGUUUGUUGUCAGUUAUUUGAAACGUUAACUAUUUGGGCAGUCAUUUUGAAGAAAUUCAAUUGUUAAUUAAAUUAUUUGUGUGCUCACUGCUCUCUUGUUACCCUGGUCCAUGGUUCAUUGUAAUGCAAUCAAUACAUGGACUGCGCUCUAAAAUUUGGAUAAGCAUCUUUUUAGAAGUUAUCGUGUGAGAAAUAAAAGAGUUCUCCAUUUGUGCAAUCCCGUUCUUAGCUGUUAAAUUUUUGAAUGGGCGCAGGUUUGUUGUCAAAGUGGAUUAUUAAGAUUCAUUUAAAUCAUUUUUUUCUCUGUUCUUUUCUCUUGCAGUCCAAAUUGGCCUCAACCAUGGCAUCCUUCAUUUUGAAUAAGUCACCUGAAAGGUCUCCCUUCAUCAAAGCUUCUCUGAAAACGGUGUGACACUCUUUCAACAUCCUCGUCUAAAUAUCUUUCCUGAGGUUCAUCCGCUCAUAUUAAAUAUUUACCACCAGUGAAGAAUUUCUGGUCAACACUGUCAAUGAAUUAAAACUCUCUAGUCUGAUGACGACUUUGUGAUUCGUUUUAGCGUAUCAAAAGUGACCUUUUUUUCUUUCUCUUGGAAUAGCUUGAGAGCAUUGAGGCAUUGAACCAAUUUAUUGUUAAGCAUCGGAAAGAUUAUGUGGAUUUGCAUCGAACAACAGAACAAGAAAGGGACAGCAUUGAACAUGAAGUAAGAACAUAUCUGAUCAGUAUCUUUACUUUGAUCACAUUCCAAUUCAUUUUUGUCUGUUUUACCAGAUAUAGUUGACUAGAUGCAUUGCUCAAAUUAUGUUUUAUUGUCAACAUCUUCUUUGUUUACUGUUUUGAUAAUUGUAAUACUAAACAAUAAAAUAUUGGAUGAUCAGAUUAUAAACUAUUUGAAUGCCAUUUUGACUAUUGCUCAUCUGUAAAAGUAAUUCAAGGACUAACUUUUAGUUAUGCAACCAUAAAACUCAUCUUCUGACAAAGUGACACUUUUCCUACAGCUUACAUUCAGUUUCGUAAUCUAUGUAUCAGUGCACUGACUUGUACCAAAGUAUAAUCUAAAAACACGACCUGCCGUUUUGGAUUAACAUAGUUUUCAUACAUGUAGAUAUGUUAUUUCAAUAAUGACAUUGUUUUCCAUUACGAUGUUCUAGUUUCAUGCUUUCUUGUCUUGAAAACGAUGCUUUUUCCUUUCUUCCUCAGGUUAGCAUGUUCAUAAAAACUUGCAAAGAUCAGAUUGACAUUCUCAAGAAUAAGAUAGUCGAUGAUGAGAAUAUUGGUAGUUCGAGGUCAUGGCUUGGAUUGAAGGACGAUGGUUCGCAUGCUGAUGUCGUCGCUCACAAGCAUGGUGUGGUAUGCCCUUUUAAUAUUUAUUGUAUCUUCUUCAGAGUAUGAACAUCUAAUUUGUUUUAUUUUUCCAAGGUUUCAGAAAGCACAUUGUGCCCUAUUACCUUGCCACCAUAGUUGGUGUGAUCUAUCUAGCAAAGUGCUUUAUUUUUCUCCAUGCGUCCCCCGUUUCCUCUGUUCCUGAUUGCCUCUCCUGGUAAAGUGCAGGUACUGAUUCUGAGUGAGCGGCUGCACUCCGUCACUGCUCACUUUGAUCAGCUUAGAUCCGUGCGGUUCCAGGAGGCCGUCAACAGAGCAAUGCCUAGAAGAAAGUCUCGAAGGCCGGCCGUCUCAAAGCCCUCGGAUUCUCCGAGAUCUGAUCAGAUGGACGCCCAGAGACCCGGAGAGCAGGCUGUUGCUUCUUCUGCCCCAGCCCGCAUCCAAGAACAGCUUGACAAUGAGACCCGUACCCUUCAGGUAUCUAAAUAACGAACGAAGAUGGAUGUUUAGGAUGUAGAUUGACUCGCUUUUUACCACAAUAGGUAAACUUUACUUAUAACAUCACUCUGGCGACGUUGACUUUCAGCUGGAGCUGUCUACACUAUUAGAUGCUGUUCAAGAAACAGAGACGAAAAUGGUGGAGAUGUCGGCUUUGAAUCAUCUCAUGUCCACGCAUGUCCUCCAGCAGGCCCAACAGAUUGAGCAUCUCUAUGAACAGGUUAGUAGCCAUUAAUGUCAUCAAUGUCGGUACUGCGCUAGGUUGUUGUUCUUAGCAAUAGAUAUAUAUAUAUAUAUAAUUUUUAUUUAUUUCUGAAAAUUGACGCCUCGGAUGAAUGAAUAUUUGAUGAUUUUUCUCCACGCCUCAGUUAACACUGUCUGUGGGUAGAUUGACACACGUAUGCUUCUGUAGCGAUCAUCAGAAUCAAAAAAAGUCAAACCUAUUUGCUGAUGUAAACGGCACGUAGGAUCGCAUAUGAUUGGAUCAUCCACACAUCGCCCAUCAACAUUGGGGAUGGAUCUCAGGGGAACGGGAUCCCAUUUAGUUAGGACAGAUGAUCACACACUGAAUUUUGGACUCGGUUUAUUAUUUUUAUUUACCGGAGCAAAAGCUGACCCAACUUGGAUCAUCUCAUUUUGGAUCAAUCAAGCAACCGAGACGCAGCUGUAGAUCAGGCAAUUUGACGUAGGCAGAAGUCAACCACCAACCCCAAUCUGUCAGAAAUUUUCCCCAAGAAAACUGGGGAAGAAACUGUUUCCAGUGGUCUCCCUCUCAAAACCCUCAAAUCCUUCACCGAGUCUAAAUUUCCAACAUGAAAGGGGAUAUGUGACGCCUUUUUUCUGUUCUUUUUUUAUUUCCAUUUUUAGCCUCUUGCUGCCUCUGGUUUCACGGUCUUGGAUCCCCUGUAACUCUCUCUCUCUCUCUCUCUCUCCCUCUCUCUCUCUCAUCCAGGCAGUUGAAGCUACCAAGUAUGUGGAGGGCGGCAACAAGGAACUCUCCCAAGCAAUAGACCGCAACAGCAGCAGCAGGACUUUUCUCCUGCUCUUCCUCUUCGUGCUCACUUUCUCUAUACUCUUCUUAGACUGGUACAGCUAG